AUGGAUUUUUUUGUCUUGUUUGAUGGUCAAUUUCAAUAUUCAAAAAAGUCAAACAAUUAUAUUCGUAUUCAUUCUUUAAAUAUCCCUGACAGUUUUAUUUAUUCAGAAAAGUGUCAAUCUAAAUAUACAAAACUGGUAGCAACAUCUUUUAUCACGGCUCUCAAUGAUGCGUUGAAAUGUUUGGCAGAAUAUGCAAGCAAUAUACCUUCAAUAAUUCUUGAUACAUUUGAGACAUAUCUUGGACAAUUACGUGAAAUUUCGAAGAAAAAACAACAAAAGACUUCAUUGGAAAUACAUGAUUUAUUAGAAACUCAAUUAGAAGAAUUAAAUAAUAACGAUGUAUCUUCCAUUAUUGCGAUUGCAACAUUUAAUUUAGGUAAUUUGAAGAAAUUUGCUAGUGCUAUUUCUAGUAGAGUAUUUGGUGGUACGGCGUUACAUAAAAUUAUCAAUAUAAAAAGACUUCAGAAAUUUAUUGGUGAACAUAAUGAAGUUCAAAAAACUAUCAAAGGUCCACAAGAAUUCUUGAACGUAGUACAAAAAAUAUGUAGAUGA